AUGUCAUUUCACAAUUUCACCUUUUUCAUCAAUGAGUCUCCAACCCUUCUCCAAGGACAAGUCGGCACGCCAGAACGACCCCUAUCGACAUUAGGUGCACAAACCUAUGAGGCAUACUGGAAAAUCAAAAUUGUUGAACAAUUACUCGUGUAUUACAAUGAAAACAGUCCGAAAUGUUUAUUAAAAACGAUUAUGAGUAGAACAGGAAUGGCUACUGAUGAUAUUGUUGACACAUUACAGAAUCUAGGCAUNGAAGAAGAUCCAAUAUCUUCUUUGAAUCCAUUUGAAACGACAAUCAAACCAGUGGAAAUCACUGAAGAUCAGUUGCCACCACGUUCGACAUCACCCACAUCAAUGAUUGUUUCUCAAUCAAAUCAUUACAACUAUUCGACUAAAAACAAACAACAGCAACUACAACAACCGCAUCAAGCAAUACCAGUCAAUAGCUUCCAUGGAUCUACGAAUAUGGCUUAUAGUUUUAAUAACUCAGCAUAUCCAUAUCGUUACCCAUCAGAUAGGAACUAA